AUGUUCCGUGUUGCGGCGCGGCGCACAGGCGCCUCCACCUCGAGACUCGUUCAAGCACAACAUCAGUCCCUCACGAGGUCCAUAUACACUCGCAAUGCUCGACCAACACAAUUGACAAACAAAACCGCUCCACUUAUCCGAUCUCAAAUCCCCCCCUCACGAUGUAUCACCUUCGCUCAACGCGUGCGCCUACGUUACCGCGAAGCGUCGAAGGGCAUCUUCCGCAAGAACCCCGUUCUCCUCCCACUCGCCAUCGUCUCGCUUAUCAGCGCAAUUGGAGCCUUCGCCUACAUAUCCUAUGAAGAAUUAACCCGAGUUGCGCCUCAGUAUCACAAAUUCCCACCUCCAAUGGCAGAUGCGCUGCGCACGGCAGUGUAUUACACCGAGAUCGACUUGAAUCCACCAAAGGCCCUACAAGCGUACAAAGAAGCACUCCGGUUAGGUGCUGAGCUGGGCAUGCACCCAUAUUCUGAUGAGGUACUAGGUGUUAAGUUGAAGGUGGCGAUGAUGUUGGAGAAGGCUGGGCUUAUGAAGCCAGCCAUUGAGGUGUUGGAGCGAACAAAAGACGAGGCGUUGAAGUGGAUCGAGGAAGGACGGAACACCGAACCCGCUACAAUCGGACCUAUAAAGCCGCAGACGGAGCAGAAGAAUGCGUCGGUGAAGGCUACCGCGGAUGAAUCUCAGGUCAAUACUGAGGCAUUGCAAGAUACGGAGAAUGAACUGCGAGCCCUACAUGAGUUUGAGGCUCGGCAACGCGAUCGCGCGCUGAAGAAGGUUGUCGGUAUGCAGAUGAAGCUAGGCGAGUUGUAUGCCAGCGAAUAUAUUCAGGAUGAUAAGAAAGCCGAGGCCGCGCAGGUUGCUGCUGUGGAGCUCUGCUUGAAGGAAAUGCACCGCCGGCAGAAGCUUGGGCUUCCCGUGGGCAGUGCUGCUGCUGUUGAAGGAGGCGAGGAAUCUUGGUUGAAUAUGACUGAGAUUGCUACUUCACUCACAGAGUUAGCGUCUACAUACAGUGCUAGGGAGCGACAUGAGCUCGCGAUGCCUUUGUACUUGCGCUCAUUGGAGUUGAUCCGUACAGCAGAAGGGAACUCCCCAUCUUGCAAGCAGGCGACGCUACUCAACGAUGUUGCCAGUGCUAUGGUUGGUCAAAUGCAUCAGCCGAGUCAACAGAAAGAAUCUGUCUCCCGGGAUCAAAUCGUCGAGGCGGCUCGACAGUGGGCGCAAAAGUCAAUUGAUGUCGCCGCUCGCAUUCAGCCCCCUGUUCGUGAUGAGGAGUGUGAUGUGACAUGUGUCGUGGCAACCUAUAACUUGGGUGAGAUUGCUGAGCUACAGAACAAACCAGAUGUGGCUAAGCAACGCUACAAUGAAGCCAGAUCUCUAGCGAAGGGACUCGGAUUUGAUGAAGGCAUUUCUAUGGCCGACAGUGCAUUGAAGAGACUUGUCAAGAAAUAA